AUGGACAAUUUAAGGCUCUAUUUCUCCACCUAUAAUGUAGGGACUAGUACUCCUGAUCAAGAUCUUAGAGAAUUAUUAUCAAUAAGCGACAAGAAAAAUGAGAAUCGUCCAGAUUUAUUUGUGCUCGGAUUCCAAGAAGUUAAGGCCCAACCCCAAAAUAUGCUAUUGGAUACUUUAUUUGAUGAUCCAUGGACAUAUACAUGCAAAGAACUUCUUCAAUGUGAUUACAUUAAAUUAAAGUCACUUCGACUACAAGGAUUGCUUUUGGUUGUAUUUUCCUUAAAGAAACAUCUGCUGAAUAUUAGGGAAAUUGAUUCUGAAUAUACUAGAACUGGUUUAGCAGGAAUGUGGGGUAACAAAGGAGCAGUUUCUAUUAGAUUAGGUAUUUAUGGUUGUUCAAUUUGCUUUGUAAAUGCCCAUCUGAGUGCUCAUGAUGAUCACUUAAAAGAUAGAGUUGAAGAUUACAAUAGCAUUAUUCAAGAUCAGGAGUUCCAUGUAGCUGAAACUUCUAAAAUAUUUUACCAUGAUUAUGUAUUUUGGAUGGGAGAUCUCAAUUUUCGACUACUUGAAGAAUAUGAUAAAAAUCCAGAAGAAAUAGAAAGACAAAUUGUGAAGAAGGAUAUUAAAUCGCUUUUUGAAUAUGAUCAAUUAAGAGCUGUAAUGAAAAAAGGUGAAGCUUUCAGUGAAUUAACAGAACAGGAUCCGGAUUUCCCUCCAACUUUCAAGUUUUCAGUUGGAACUCCAUGUUAUGAUCACAAGAGGAGGCCAGCAUGGUGUGACAGGAUAUUAUAUCGAGUCAAUUCAAAUAAUUAUGAAAACGUGACACUUAAAGUAGACCAAUUAUCAUAUAAAUCUCAUCCAAAUUAUGUUUUAAGUGAUCACAAACCAGUUACAGCUGAAUUUAUUAUAAAGGUUCCUCAGCCAGUUCUAAAAUUACGAAUGCAUUCAUUAGCUGUUGAUCAGGUAUUUUCAGAUUAUUCUGAAUCUGUGAUUGAAUUCGACAAAAUUAAUAGUUGGGAUGAAGAAGGCGAAAACAAGGCUUAUUAUAGGCGCACCAAAGAAAUUCGAGAAAGUGCCGAGGACUGGAUAGGACUUUUUAAGGAAAAUUUUGCCGGCUUGGAUGAAUAUGUAACUUACGAAUAUGUAAGCAAAUGUGCUACACCUACAGACGAAAGCAGUGGCAGCAGCAAAAAACCGGAGGAUUCAAAGAAAUACGAAGUUGUAUUCCCAGAUCUACCGAAUCGAUGCAGAGGAAAUUACUGCCUGCUUUAUUUUAGUCAAACUGAAGAUAAGGUUACUAGCGUACUAGGUAUAAGUAACUUAUUUCCCAUUAUGAAAAACGAAAGUGAUUAA